ACUUUCAGAUUUGCUUCUUCCUGUUUUGUAAGAUAUUCAGUAUGGGUGCGUCUCUGGAAACCCAAGUGUGCCCACUAUGCCACAAACCGUACCAGGAGAGAGUUGACCUGAGGUGUGGGCACAGCUUCUGCCAAGUGUGCAUCCAGGAGCUUUGGAGCUACACCACUGAAGGGCCCUGCUACUGCCCAGAGUGCCGAGAGGAGUAUAAGAAAAUGCCGGCCUUCAGCUCAGAUCAGGUGAACAGGGAAGCAGCCGGCCUUAGCACCACACAGUGCCAAGACGAGUAUAAGACAAUGCCAGCCAGCUCAGCAGAUCAGAUGUGCAGGGAAGCAGCUGGCCCUAGCACCACCAGCUCUGUUUCCUGUGAUUACUGCAGCAAGAUCAGCCAGCCCGCUGUCAAGACCUGCCUGGUGUGUGUGGCCUCCAUGUGCUCCCACCAUCUCAAGCCCCACCUGGAGGCAUCUGCGUUCAAGAGCCACCCUCUCGUGGAGCCCACUUCCGACCUCUCCACCUGGAAGUGCAUGGAGCACCAGGAGCUGCUGAAGAUCUACUGCAGGGAGGACAGAGUGUGUGUGUGCACGGUCUGUGCUGUGAUCGGAGCCCACAAGCAGCACACCUGCGUGAGCGUCACAGAGGCUGAGCAAGAGCUGAGGAGCAAUCUGAAGGAUGGGAUGCUGAAGAUUAAGGCAAACGCCCAGACUGUCCAGGACAACUUAGCAGUGCUGAGGGAGAAGAAACUAAGCAUUCAGACGCAGAUUGGCGAGGGGAAAGCCCACGUGCAGUGCCAGUACAAGGCUCUCCGGCACCACCUGGAGGUUGAGGAGAGGCAGGCGCUGCAGCGUCUGGACAGGGAGGAGAGGAGGACCUUGGUCAGCAUGGAGGCUCAGCUGGAGCAGCUGGAGGAGAACCUGCAGGAGAUGCAGGGGAGCUCAGGGGUCCUGGAGACACUGUCCCUACUCAGACAGCAGGCCUUCAUACAGGAAUACAACAAGAUGGCAAAGAGUAUCGCUCUGAUGUCCAGUCCUGUGGCCCAGCUGGAGCCCACCAGAGAAUUGGACCAGGAUAAACUGGACAGGCUGCAAAGCUGGGCGGAGAGGAGACUGGAGACUGUGUCCAACCACUUUGAGACAGACAGAGAUGCUCUCGUUCUGCUGUAUGGGACAACCCCGUCCUUGAACCCGGACAGUGCCCAUCCUAAACUGGUUCUGGCAGAGGGAAACAGGACAGUAUUCUUCAGUGAGGAGCCCCAGCCGUACCCCCAGCAUGCUCUGCGCUUUGACACCUUCCCCCAGGUCCUGAGCACAGAGCCCCGAGAGGCUGGCCGCUCCUACUGGGAGGUAGAGGUUAAAGGUGAUGGGAGGUGGAAGGUGGGCGUCUCUGACCCCCAGAUUGGCAGGAAGGGGCAGGAUGACCUCUGCAGGCUGGGGUACAGCGCUCUCUCCUGGACCCUUUAUGGGGAACCAGGAAAGAUGGAGGUCUGGCACAAUAAGACCUCUGUCCCGUUAGCUGCCAGCAACCCCAAGAGAGUGGGGGUGUAUCUCGAUUACGAGGGCGGCUCCAUCGCCUUUUACAACGUGACGGGGAACACGAUCACCCUACUGCACAAAUACCAGGAACACUUCACUCAACUGCUCUACCCAGCCCUAGCAGUGUCCAAAUCCACUCUCUCUUUUUGUGACCUGUCCUAAAAAUAUGACGUGGAAUAGUUGGUUCAAAUCAAACUUUUCUUCCAACAGUGGAGGACUUUGCUAAUUGUCAAGCUGAGUUGUCAAACUUCUUUAUAAUUAAGAGGAACUUUUUUUGUAUUUAAUUCCAGUCACCAGCUACAUUUUAGUUUACAAUCAAUAGCCAGCUGUACCAAGAUAGAACACCCUGAAGAACACAGAUUUUAGAAAUUACUUUUAAUACUUUAUUUACUGCAAUGAAAGCUUUUAUAUACCAAAGUAAUCCAGCAAUGGAAAACAGUAGUAAUGUGCAAAUUAAGAGAUCAAAAAUAAAUAAGAGCUACCAUCUCAGGUUCUCCUGGCAUUUUAAAUACACAAAGGUUGCUGCCAGUAACCCUAACCCACUUUACAGACAACUCCACUGUUUCAUUUGCAUCUACUGCAAGUCUUUAUUUCAAGUGAGUUUUGCAACAUGUGUUUUUAUGAAACCAUAAAUUGUAUUUUCAUUUGAACUAAAUCAUUUGUAUCCAAUACUAUUUGAUAUUCCUUUAAUUGUGUGCGCAAUGUUUAUUUGAAGAGGUGGGAACGACUGCUUUGACAUCAAGUUCAUGUUACAAUACAGUUAAAUAAGAAUCUGAACAGUA